AGCAAUUGGAAUCCAAGGCCAUUGUUAGAAAUAGAAACAAGGAAAAUCGUUCAAAAGCCGCCGGCGAUGUGCUAGAACUUUUACCAGACAACCUGCAGAGGUCGGUGAAACUAGCAAGCGAGAAAGGAUCCUCCACUUGGCUCACUGUCCUGCCACUUUCAGAGCAUGGCUUUGCCCUGCACAAAGGAGCUUUCCACGAUGCCCUGGCAUUACGUUGAGCAUGCUCUGUCCUGUGCCAAGGGCGGCUUUCCAUCGAUCAGGCACAAUGAGAUACGGGACCUGACAGCUACCCUCCUCACAGAAGUGUGCAAGGACGUGUGCAUUGAGCCAGAGCUUCAGCCUGUGAACGGUGAAGAAUUGACGGGGUCAACUGCCAACUCCCAGGAAGGUGCCCGCCUUGAUAUCGCUGCAAAUGGUGUCUGGGGUGGUACCUUCGAGAGAACCUACUUCGACGUUAGGGUAUUUAAUCCCCAUGCCCCGUCAAACAGACACACCAACCUGCAGUCAGUCUACAGAAAGCACGAACAAAUCAAGAAGCGUGCAUAUGAACAGCGGAUAAGAGAAGUUGAACAUGCUACCUUCACGCCUCUGGUGCUCUCUGCUACCGGUGGCUUGGCCAGGGAGGCCAACACUUUCUACAAAAGACUCGCCUCCAUGCUCGCCUCCAAGUGGGACCACACCUACAGCCACACUCUCCGCUGGCUACGUUGUCGUCUAGCCUUCUCCCUUUUACGCUCCUCCAUCCAGGCCAUCAGGGGUGCAAGAUCAUCAUGCGGACAUGCCAUCAGAAUGCCCAUGGCGGUCGAUUUGAUCAUCUCGGAAACACACCUUGUAUCACUCUAAAUUGCUCUCUAUCUUCUUAUUU